AUGAGCACGCCACAACCAAGGGAUCAGGUGACCGUCAAACAAGAGCUGCCAGCGUCUGCGUCCGUGCCGGUCUCUUUAGGUCUGCUGUCGUCUUCCUCAUCACCCAACGGCAAGAAUCCUGACCAGGGAUGGCAAGAUAUUCCUUUGAAGUGUUACAGUGAAGAAGACAUCAAAGACAAAAGGCAUCAUAUUGUCAGGUUCACCAACAAGAACAAUGUCGAUAUACUUAAAGAUUUCACCAAGCCUGUGAGAUUACAUCGGAAAGAUCCCAGAAACAUCCAGUUCCAUCUAUCACGUCAAGAAAUAGAUCAGAAAAAGAGAAGAGAACAACAGAGAGCUGUUGAGAAGGCCAAACGGAAGCAACAGCGGUUGGACGGAAUCCCGGUAGACGAUACCAAUUCUUCCUCCUCCGGCACACCCUCGAAUAAAAAUCAAAUGGACUUAUCGCAAGUGGCGCCAGAAGGGGGAGCACGGAACUUCAGAAGGAACAUCUUCAAACGGAAGACCCGGCAGAUCAACUUGAUGGCGGACGAAAAGCGUAAAUUGAGAUAUGAAGAGUACUAUCCAUGGGUGAUGGAAGAUUAUGAUGGUCAAAAUGUAUACGUGGGAAACUACGAAGCUGGAGCCUCCGAAGCUUCUCAUGUAUUAUUUGUGUUUGACAAGGAUGGUUUCAAGAUGAUUCCUGCCGAAAAGGUGUAUAGGUUUAAUCCUCGAAAUAAGUAUGCAACCUUGACCUUGGAAGAAGCGGAAGCCAAGAUGGAAAAGAAAUCUGCUGUUCCCAGAUGGUUGAUGAAACACAUGUCUGAGAAGGAAGAAAAGGACUACCGGUUCAGAAACAAUGGCAAUGCGUCCGCAAACCAAGUGCACAUUAGAGGUUCCAAUAGUAAUGGAGCUGGAAACAAAUUAAGAACUGUCAGUGGAGCCUCACAGUUCAACGAUAGAGAUUCUGAUCAUGAUGACAUUGAUUUCGACGAAGAAUUUGCCGAUGACGAAGAGGCUCCAAUCAUGGACGCUGAUGAAGAAGAAAACAAGAUGGCUGAACAAAAGAUGAAGAAGGAGAUGUUAAAGGCAUCGCACUUUGAUGCUGGUUCUGAUGCCGAACCCGAUGAUGAUCUCGACGAGUUAUUUGAAACCGAAAAGUCUAGAAAGAUUGAUAAGGAAGGAAAGAAAUUGCGGAAGGUAUUGAACAAGACCGAAGGUGGUGUCUAUGAUAGUGACGACGAUGAUCAAUUGAAUCCAUACUUGUCGAAAUCCGACUUGGAAAGCGAUGAUGAAAGUGACGACGGAAUUGAAGUUAAACAAGAACCUGAUGAGAACAAUCUCUUUUCACAACCAGGACAUCCUAAAGCACGGCUGUUCUUUGCGUACAAUGUUGGGGAUGGGUUUGUGGUUAUCAAGGCUCCACCCAAGUUUUUAGAAGCGUUUCCUCGGGGCGAAUGGCUACCUGAGGGCCGUAAAAGACCCAUUAAGUUGGUGUCAGAAUCGCCCCAAAAGAGACAAAAACCAAAUGAACCCCGAGAAAAGAGCUUAUCGCCAACCCCAUCGGUGCCAGCCGUAGACUUGAACGAUGCUGGCCCCACUGGAUCUUUAGUGACAAUCCAAGAAGUAUUGGAUAUUGUAAAGGGAAACCCACUUCCCCCCAAAGAGUUGUUGAUAAAAUUGAGAGGCAGAAUCAAUGCCAAUGAGGACAACAAACAGAGAAUCAUCAUGAUAGUUAAAAUGAACUUAAAGUUGGAAAAGGGAAUGUUGGUCUUAAAAGAGUAG